AUCUUCUCGACUUCUUCAAAAUAGCAUCCCCCUUGUUUAUUCAUAUCUAAGGGUCCAAGGUGUGAAUCGCAACCAAGACCAAUUCAAGUCAUUUUAUUCUCGACCAUUGAAAUCUUCGUAAACAUGAUUUCCACGAAGAUUGAGCAGAACAAUACCCUUAAGCUCGAGGGAACUACACAGGAUCUUGAGUACUGGCAGGAAGAUGUUGCUCGAGAUGGAUUCGCCGUCAUCAAAGGCGCAAUUCCCAAGGAGCGCAUCGAGGGUUAUGCAAAUGACAUGAUGAGCUGGUUGGAAGGCUUCAACCUCGGCUUCGACCGCAACGACCCAUCCACUGUCCACAAGUCUAAGCUCCCUCAUAUUACGGAGAAGGGCAUGUGUCUGAAUUACGCCGUCACACAUGAAGACUUUGUGUGGAAAGUCCGGACAGAGCCGGGCAUUCUGAGCGCUUUUCACAAGAUUUACAACGACAAAAAACUCAUUGUCUCAUUUGAUGCAGUGAACUUCGGUUUCCCAAACAGGACUGAUAUUCCACCAAAUGACCCUUGGCCUCAUCAAGACCAAGAUCCUAAGAAGCCCGGCUUCCGAGUCAUGCAGGGACUGGUCAACGUAUUCCCUAACGGUCCGAAGGACGGCGGCCUGAUCGUUUGCAAGGGAGCUCAUCUUCUGAGCGAACAGUUUCACAAGGAGAUGGCUUGGGAAGAACCGAUCCCGGCCUGGAAUCCAGAAUGGUACGGCUUUACCGACAAGGGCAUGCAGUGGUUAGCCGACAAGGGCUGUGAAUGGGUCAAGGUGUGCGCAGAGCCAGGUGAUCUUCUCAUCUGGGAUAGCCGAACACCCCAUUACAACCUCUCUCCUGAAGGAGAGACCCCACGUUUCGUUAUAUACACUUGCUACAUGCCUGUAUCUGGUGCCACACAGGAAGAACUAGUGCGCAAGAAGAAAGCUUUUGAGGAUUGGAACGGAACAACGCAUUGGCCCAACUGCCAGGUGGUUGGUAAUAACAACGCGAAGAGGGAUGGAGUUGACGAUCCUCAUAACCGAUUUGAACCGGUUAAGAAGCCGGUUUUGGAUGAAGAAGGUUUCAAGUUGACCGGCAUUCCAUAUAUUAAGGCUUCUGCUUAG